AUGUCUACCGAAACCAACGGCGCCGCCGCUGCCGCCGCUGCCGCCGCCGCGGGCCAUGACGACGCGCUCACGGUCAAAGCCGGGCUGGCGCAGAUGCUCAAGGGCGGGGUGAUCAUGGACGUGACGACAGCGGCCGAGGCGCGCAUCGCCGAGGAGGCGGGGGCGUGCGCGGUGAUGGCGCUGGAGCGGAUCCCGAGCGACAUCCGGGCGGCGGGCGGGGUGGCGCGCAUGUCGAACCCGGAGAUGAUCCGGGCGAUCCAGGCGGCGGUGACGAUCCCGGUCAUGGCCAAGGCGCGCAUUGGCCACGUGGUCGAGUGCCGCAUCCUCGAGGCCAUGGGCGUCGACUACAUUGACGAGAGCGAGGUGCUGACGCCGGCCGACGACAAGUACCACGUGGCCAAGUCGGCUUUUACCAUCCCGUUCGUGUGCGGCUGCCGCAACCUCGGCGAGGCGCUGCGCCGCAUCGCCGAGGGCGCCGCCAUGAUCCGCACCAAGGGCGAGGCCGGCACCGGCGACGUCGUCGAGGCCGUCAAGCACAUGCGCACCGUCAGCGACGACAUCGCGCGCGCCAAGGCCGCGCUGGCUACCGGCGGCGACCUGGCCGUGGCCGCGCUGGCGCGCGAGCUGGGGUGCGACGCCGCGCUGCUGAAGCGCACCGCCGAGCUGGGCCGCCUGCCCGUCGUCAACUUCGCCGCCGGCGGCGUCGCCACGCCUGCCGAUGCUGCUCUGAUGAUGUACCUCGGCUGCGACGGCGUGUUUGUCGGCAGCGGCAUCUUCAAGGACGCCACCGACCCCGAGCACGCCGCCAAGCGCGCCCGCGCCAUCGUCAAGGCCGUCGCCAACCACGCGGACCCCAAGGCGCUCAUCGAGGCCAGCAUCGAGCACGGCGAGGCCAUGCGCGGCAUCAGCAACGCCACCCUGCGGCCCGAGGAGAAGAUGUCUGGCCGAGGCUGGUAG